CUCAUUCUGUUCUGUCUUCUCAAUAACCUUUGUGUUUUUUGACAACACGAUCUGAAGUCUGAACCCCAUUUCCCUUCUCUGUUCUGUAGUUGUUUCCAUCCAAACAAAACCCCGUCCCUGUUGCUUUUGCAGCAGACGUACAGUACCAAUUAAUAACUCUCUUUUUCCCCCUCUAAAAUCUACAGUAUAUUUCUCAAGCUCAAACAUUUUUCUUUCUUUUAGGUUUUGAAAAAAAUUAGGGUUUGAGUUUCUUUCUAGGGUUUUGAGAGUGACUGAGAGAAAUGAGGAGGAAACAUGAGGGGGAUGAUGAUGAUAAUGCUACCUUGUCUGGAGAAAUGGAAGAGAUGGUUGCUAAUGGCGGUGGAGAAAAAGAAAAGGAGAUGCAGGAUGGUGGUGGUGAUGAUUAUGUGAUGGUGGCUGCUGAAAAAGAAGAUGAAAACUUGAUUAAUGUUAGGAUUACUCAAGAAAAAAAAGAUGAUGCUAAGAUAAACGACCUACCCAAUAAGGAGCAGGAGCAGGAAGAAGAAGAGAUUAAUCCAAUCCAUGUCCAAGGAAACCAAAAAGAUGGAACUUUAUCAGCUGCUAAUCAAAACCCCAACGCUUGUGCUGGUGGUGCUGGUGAACAAGACAAAUCUAAUGCUAAUUCGGAAGCAAAGGCUACUAAAGUUAAGACUGAGGUAACUAAAGAUGAUUACAAUGUUUGUGCUGCUAACCGUGAGGAUGAUGUUGAUAAGUUGGAGGAAGAUACUCCUGCUGUGAAAGAAAAGCGUGAAACCAAACCUGUUGUUUCUUAUUUGAAGGCAGACGACGAUGAUUAUGAAAUUGAGGAGCUGGAAGAGGAAGAAAGUGAAGGGUCUGAGAGUGAGUCUGAUAAAGAGGAAUUAGUAAAGUUGAAAGAGUCUUCAUCGACAUCAUCUCUACAGAAACAACAUCAUAUAGACCUAGUUGCAGCCCAAGAGCAGCCACAAUUUCUGAACGAGGAAGGGGGCAGUGAAUCCGGAAACGAGUUUGAACAAGCUGCUUUUAUGAAGGAAUUGGAGAGGUUUUGCAAGGAAUAUCAUUUUGAUUUCAAGCCCCCUAAGUUCUAUGGAGAAGCGCUGAAUCUCCUCAAGUUAUACAGAGCUGUGGUUAAAUUGGGAGGCUAUGACCAGGUUACCACGUGCAAGUUGUGGCGUCAAGUUGGAGAAAGCUUCAACCCUCCAAAGACUUGUACUACUGUGUCUUGGACAUUUAGAAUUUUCUAUGAGAAGGCACUUCUUGAGUACGAAAAGCAUAAAAUUCAAUCUGGUGAAUUACAUUUUCCUGGUUCUUCCCCGGCAGACCCAAAGAGUGCUGGCAAUAUGCGAAUUGGUAGUCAAGUACUAGGAUCAGGUAGGGCACGAAGGGAUGCUGCUUCUCGUGCCAUGAAGGGGUGGCAUUCUCAGCGUCUUGGAAAUGAUGAGGAUAAGAACGCCAUGUCUACACCAAACCGUGAAAGUCAACUCAGAGCUGGUCUACUUAAACGUAAAAAACCUGCUGACAUGGAUCACUAUGUUAAGUCUGCACGUACGGUUUUUAAAGCAAAUAACCAACGGGGAAGCUCACCUCAAAGUUUCUGUUUCCACAGAAUGGACACAACGCCAUCAGUUAUUGACAUUGGACACCCUGCUGAUUGGGUAAAGGUUAAUGUUCGAAGAACUAGAGACUGCUUUGAGGUCUACGCUUUAGUUCCUGGGCUUCUGCGGGAGGAGGUUCGUGUUCAGUCUGAUCCAUCUGGGCGUGUUGUCAUAUCUGGUCAGCCAGAGGAACCUGAUAAUCCCUGGGGUGUGACAGCGUUCAAAAAGGUGAUUACUUUACCCUCGAGAAUUGAUCCGCAUCAGACAUCCGCCAUUGUCACUUUGCACGGCCAGUUGUUUGUUCGUGUGCCGUUUGAACAGUUAGAUUCUUAGGACUUUACCGGUCUUCUAUCCAACAACCUAUCUCCAGAAAUUUUUGGGAGCAGUAAAUAUUGAAAGGCAGCAACUAAUUACAAGCUUCGGUUUGGUCUAUAGUGCACUUUUUUUCCCGUACUUACUGUACAAGUGACUAAAUACCAAACUUUUAAGAGUCUAGUCGGCUUAUGAUGAAGGAAGAUUCUUUAAUGUGUUUUGUUUGUUUAUCCCCACCAAACAUGUUUUAGCAAGGAUAGGAGUUAAUGUAGUAGGAUGAUGAUCAGUGGUUGGUUGGGAUUAAUUUUUAGUUGUUGAUGAUGAUAAUAGGUGGUUGGUGAAUUUGAUUCAAUUAUGGAUGGAGUUUGUUAUUGGGUUUAAAAAGUAGAAUAUAUCAUAUGAUGAUAAUCAGGUGGUUGUUUUGAUGAUAUAUUUUUACACGUUCAAUUAAAAUGGUUCCCUUCAGCA